UGGGCUAUCAAUUCUCACUUACUCACUACGCUUUUGUCCAUCGUUGUUUUCUUUCAUCUUACUCGAACGUUGAGCGGUCGUCAUUCUAUUCUACAUCGCGGGUCGACUAAUAAUUCUUCUUCCAACGUCGUAAAGACCAAUUUUGAAUCACAUCUAUUGUAUAGCUCUCGCUGUAAGAGUCACGAUGGAGAAGUAUACCGAUUCCAGCUCUUCGCAAGGCGACUCCGAAAACACCGCCUUUAUCACCACACAAUACCAGAGAGACGACAGGCAAAGAAGGAAGAGCUAUAUCUAUCUUACACUCUUCAACCUCUUCCUCUUCACACUAUCAAUGCUUUCAUUGAUCUGUUCGGUAAUGUCGCAAAAAGACUUCUCAGGUCAUUCAGCAGCGAAGUUGAUGGAUCAGUUCGACGUCUUUUCACCUGCGAAGCAUGUUGUCGAGUACAGUCAAACAAAGUUCGAGUUAGCGAACCCAUUGAAUUCCUCCAAGUACGUUGGCAUUACCGACGAUGUAGAGAAUGCAUGGAUGGACGUCGCAUACCUUCCCGAUCAGAUGGUUUCCAUGGAAGACUUCCCUAAGCUGCAAAAGCCCGCCGAUGCCCUUCAAGUCGUAGACCCGAAAACAGGCGAAACAGGAUACCGGGUUGGCCUGGAAGUCUUCCACCAACUUCACUGCCUCAACCUGCUCCGCAUGUCGACGUACCCAGAUUACUACCCCAAACUCUGGUGGAGCGACACGAACGACAAGCCUGAAAAGGUCAGGGCGCACCUCGAUCAUUGUAUCGAGAUCCUUCGUAUGAACCUCAUGUGCCUCUCGGACGUUAACGUCUUCACCUUCCACCCGCAAGAGGGUAAGAAGGGGUACUGGCCUGACUACGAGAGCAACCAUGUGUGCAGAAACUUUGAGAAGAUCAAAGAUUGGGCUAACGAUAACGCGAUGCCUGAUCUCGAUGUGUGAUCUUGUCGUCGUACAUAGUCCGGGUCGCGAUGUAUAUAGUCUAAUGAUAUUCGCGAUAUAAUUCCAUUGAACAAACGGAAGAGGCUCUCUGGCAUCUUUCUUCUCGC